AAUAGAUUACUAUUUUACGCGAAAUACGUCCAGGAGAAAAGAAGUAUAAUCCCAAAUCUCUUUUUAGGACCACUUUUAAACUUCUUCUAUAUCGUCGAAACGUGCCGAAAGGAGCUCGAAGACUAGUGGAAUAUAAAUAAAGAGUAAGACUUAAAUGACAAUAACAGAUUUGUUUGAUCGUUAAACAUAAUUCGUAACCACCAGACGGCGUCAUGCAAAACUGACAAUACAAGACUAAGAAAGAUGCAGCAAGAUAAUAAUGGUUCUUGUCCAAUCUUCUAUAUUCAAAUCGGCUUGGCAAGAGAAGUUUACCAACUGGAGCCAAAUAUGAACAUGCAAACGUUGAAAGACAUUGCUUGCCGUUUCGUCGAUGCUAAGUUUCCGGAACAUGGCCUUUAUAGUUUACAAGAAAGAUUAGUUCUUUUUAAACAUGAUAACUCAAAUUCGAAUAUUUUGCGCCUUAUUCAAGAAGCCUCAGAAGUGACUUCAAAUUGUUUAGUGGAGGUUGUUCUCUCUUCUUCUACAACUAUUGAAGAAUUGUCAAUUCGACCGCAUAAUUUGAACAUUCACUCAUACAAAUCGCCACAUUUUUGCGAUUUCUGCGGAGAAAUGUUGUUCGGAUUAGUGAAACAGGGUUUAAAAUGCGAUUACUGUGGCCAAAAUUAUCAUAAACGUUGUGCCUACAAGAUUCCUAAUAACUGUACAGCAGCAAAAAUAAGAAGAACUUCAACGCAAGUCAGCUUAACUCACAACCCAUCUGUGAAUCAGCUGUCCUCUUCGCGGCAUUCUCGUCCUCCUAAUCCCGGUGUUGUUAAUUUGAAUUCGAAAUAUUUGGGUCGUCGAUCGGUAUCGGGAAUUGAAAGGAGUUCAAGAUCAAGCUCUUGGUCCGGAAGACCACUAUGGAUGGAAGAUGAAUUUCGCAAACGUAUUAAAGUCCCUCAUACGUUUAUUGUUCAUAAUUAUACUCGACCAACCAAAUGUAUGCUUUGUAAUAAAUUAUUGAAGGGCUUAUUUAGACAAGGCGUACAGUGUAAAGAUUGCAAAUUCAACUGUCACAAAAAAUGUUCUGAAAAGGUAGCGAGGAACUGUUUGGGAGAGGAUAAUUGGGUUCCUGGAGCCAUUGGCUCAACGCAAUCGAUCGACUCGAACGGUGAUACUAGUGAUCAGAGUUCAACGCUCUCAGAGGAACUCGAUCCGACCAAACAGCCGCAGGACAACGAGGAAGAUGUAGAAGAAUACAUCCCACUUAAACCGGCUAUAAGUCCGACAACUAGUUCAAAUAUUCCUUUGAUGAGAGUUGUUCAAUCUGUGAAACAUACAAAGAGAACUGGUUCGAAAUUUAUCCGCCAAGGUUGGAUGGUGCAUUAUACUAAUCGAGAUAAUCAAAGGAAGCGACAUUUUUGGCAACUGGAUCCAAAUGCCAUCACGCUAUUUCCGAAUGACAAUACCAACAGAUAUUAUAAAGAAAUUACUCUUUCUGACGUUUCUUCAAUGGAAAUGAAUGAUGAUAUGGCUAACGGUAAUUAUGUUUUUGAGUUACAUGUCUCAACGGGAACCAUUUUUUACGUUGGCGCCUUGGCCGAAACUGAUAUUACCUCCGCUGAGAGUGGAAUGGGUAAGGAACAAGCUGAAUACUGGGAGAGUGCAAUACGACAAGCUUUAAUCCCUUUUACUAACGUUCGUAUGGAGAAGAAAGAGGAGUCGGAAGUCGUAAAAGUUGAAAAGAAAGAGGAAAAAGAAGACAUUAGCAAACUAUAUCAAAUAUGCCCCGAUGACGUUUUAGGCUCUGGCCAAUUUGGUAUCGUAUACGGAGGCAAACACCGUAAAUCUGGCAGAGACGUGGCCAUAAAAGUAAUUGAUAAAAUGAGAUUUCCUACAAAACAGGAGGCACAAUUAAAGAAUGAAGUUUCUAUUCUACAUAACAUAAAUAAUCCUGGAGUUGUUAAUUUAGAGCAUACGUUUGAGACACCUGAAAGAAUAUUCGUUGUUAUGGAAAAAUUGAAGGGUGAUAUGCUGGAAAUGAUACUUUCCAGCCCAAAAGGCAGAUUAACCGAGCGUAUUACGAAAUUCUUAAUUUCUCAAAUUUUAGCCGCGUUACGUCAUCUACAUAACAAAAGUAUAGUACACUGCGAUCUUAAACCGGAGAAUGUACUCUUAUCCUCUGAAACACCAUUUCCCCAAGUGAAACUUUGCGAUUUUGGCUUUGCUCGUAUUAUCGGGGAAAAAUCAUUUAGGAGAUCGGUUGUAGGAACGCCAGCCUAUCUGGCUCCAGAAGUUCUCAAAAAUCGCGGAUAUAAUAGAUCAUUGGAUAUGUGGUCUGUUGGUGUCAUUAUCUACGUAAGUUUAAGCGGUACAUUCCCAUUUAACGAGGACGAAGAGAUAUCCGAUCAAAUACAAAAUGCUGCAUUUAUGUAUCCUCCUUCACCGUGGAAUGAAAUCUCUCGAGACGGUACGAUCUAAAUUUAAUACUCUAUUUAGUUAACUAAUUAACAACAUUCACUUAAGAUUUUAAAUUGAAAGAGAGUAUUAUAUAUAGUUAUUAUUUACUCCUUUUUAGCAAUAUUUUCCCUUUUUUCUUGUAUUCUAUUUUAUUUCAUUUUUUUUAUUCCAUAAAUCAUUUUUCUUCUUGCAAGAGUAUUUUUUUUUUUACAACUUUUCAGCCGUUGACAUGAUCAAACGCCUACUUAAAGUAGAGAUGACGAAACGUCUAGGUGUUUCGCAAGCACUAAGAGAAUUGUGGAUAUACGAGGUCAUUUUCCUACAUAUCUUAACAAAACAAAAAUUUUCUUAUCUAUUUCAUAUUUGGCAUGUUAAUUAAGAAAACAAAGCAAAAAAAAAAUCCACACUAUUUUUUUUUAAAAAAACAAUAAUUUUAAUUUUUUUAAUUUUCUUGCUAUUUAACAUGCUUUUUGUUAACUAAAAGUUAUAACAGUAUUAUUGAUAGUACUAAUCAUAUCUCUCUCUCUCUCUCUCUCUCUCUCUUUCUGUGUGUGUGUGUGUGUGUGUCCUUGCUUUAUUUCGUUUUAAAGUAUUACAUGUCGUUCUAUGGAAGACUAAAGAAUGUACUUAAUAAUUGACAAACAAUAACUACGAAGGAUUUUAGUUUUUAAAUGCGCUUCGCGUUUUGUCUUAUGUUUUUAUUCUUUUCUAAAAAAUAGUUUUUUUAAUUUUUUUCAAAGAAAAAACAUAUUAAUUUAAUUGAAACUAUACAAAAUACUCUUAUGAACUUUUGCUCAUUAUUCUCCAUUCUCCUUGAAACGCCAACAUAUCUUAGCCCUUGUCCUACCCCUGCUCCCUUUAUAUUAAGCAUAAGAAAGAAAACUGUAUCAUGCCUUUUGUGCUUUUGUCUCUUACAGCUAUUGAUAUGAUAAAUAAUUUACUGCAAGUGAAAAUGCGUAGACGAUAUACGGUGGAGAAAACAUUCUUUCACGGUUGGCUGCAGGUAUACUAAUAAAUAGAAAUAGAAAAGAACCUAAAUAGAUAUUAUGGUCACAUUUUUUUUUUUAAUAUAUUAUAUUUUAUUUUACACUUACUUUUGCAAAAGAUUAGAUAGAAAAGAGACCUUAGUUGCAUUAUAUUUUUAUUUUAUAGAUGGAAUAUUGGAAUUAUUUUUUAUUAUAUUUUUCCUUAGUUUCAAUAUUUUAUCUUAUUGAAUAUGCAUUAUAGUAUAUACUGUAUAUAUCUAUAAAUAUAUAAAUAUAUAUAUAUAGUAUAUUAAUGUAUAUUCUUUAAGGUAAGACGAAUGUUCACCUAUUAUUAGAGUAGUUUUUUUUAUUCUUAGUUUUUGUUCAAUUCCCUUGCCAAGAAGAGUAUAUGCUGCAUGGACUUCUUUAAAAUUCAGAUGUACAGUAUAUACACAUACAUACAUAUAUAUAUAACUACAAUUAACAAUAUAUACAUACUGUAUAUAUUGUAUAUAGAAUGUACUGUAUGUAUAAAAGUGUAUGCUGUAUAUUAUUUACUUAAAGGAGAAUGUGAUAGAGUCUAAAUAAAAAAAAAAGGAAAAACAAAUAUAUCUACUUAUUUUGUCUUAUUCUGCUGCUAAUAUUUAUUUCUGCACUAGUUUUUUUGUAUCUUUUCAUUUUUCCGUGCAUAAAUCCUUGGCUACGCUGCUUUGAUUUAUAGAUGUUUUUUUUUCUUACCUUUUUUUUAUCACUAAUUAAUCAAAUUAACCCUCUUUUUAUAAUAUAUAAAUUUUUGUAUAACUAUAUGCAAUCUUUUACUAAUUAUUGUUUCUUUUUUUUUUCCCUCCCCACAUCCCAUUCCUUCUUCUCCCUCUCUUCAAAAAAAAAAACAAAAAAAAAACAAUUUAUCUAUUAUAGGAUUAUCAAUGUUGGUGCGAUUUAAGAAAAUUGGAAGAGCACGUCGGUGAACGAUACGUAACCCAUGAAAGUGAUGAUGAACGAUGGGAAUUUUACCGAAAAGAGCAUAACUUGGAAAUUUGGACAGAGAAGGGACAAAAAGGUGUGUCGAAGCACGAGAUCUUUCCAUUAAAUAAAUCGUCUAAAUCAUAAUUUUUUAACAAUCAAUAACAAAAAAUAAAUUUACAUACGGACAUUUUAAAUAUAUAUAUAUAUAUAUAAAUUUAUAUAUAUA